AGGUACUGUGUAAUGGUGCGGUAACAACCUCUCUCUCCUAACCAUGAACACUAGAUCAGCCCUUACCGCGGCGGUCCUAUCAGCGUGUUUACUGCUCUGUGUGUAUACGGAGGACUAUAGCGAUGAGUACACACACGAACCUGGGAAAUGUAUCCUACAGAAUUCCUGUGGAUCAAGUUUACCCUGUGCUCAUAAUACAGUGGAUCCAAUAGUACCUGACGAUGAACACCUACAACUCUUGAAGACUGCUUGUCCUAUGUACGCAGAUAAAGAGAAUGUUUGCUGUGAUAAAGAUCAGCUCCAAGACUUUAUCAAACAGUUGGACGUAGUGAAGAACAUCAUAGGCGGUUGUGAUGCAUGCUACUGGGACUUCCAGGCAAUAGAAUGUGCUUUCUUUUGUGAUCCCAACCACGCCCAGUUCAUUCAGAUAACUAAUUCGACUUUGAAUGCCACUGAUUCGAGGACCACAGUGUCCGGUAUCAGAUACUUCAUCACUAAAGAUGCUGCGCGGCGUAUUUACGACGCUUGCAAGAACGUGCGGGAUUCCAUCUCCGGCGGAAUUGGGAUCGUGUACGUGUGUGGAAGUGCUGACUGUGACCAGAAGACAUUCUACGUGAAGCUAGGAGAUAACGCUUACACAGACCUAAAAGUAGAGUUCAUCGUCCAGGAUACUUCCUCUGUAGAGUACGUGAAGCCUAAAACUGAUGAGGAUGUGUUUGACUGUUCGGAUACUGUAAACAACAAGACAUGUGACUGCUACAACUGUGAGCAGAUCACAUGCCCAGUGUUUGUAGAUAAGAACACAAUCAAGACCUGGCACUACACUCUGCCAGUAGGACUGGCUCUCUGCCUGGUCUGGAUAAUACUAGUUGUAGUCCUCACAUUCCUACACAAAACUAAAACUACUACAAGUAAUCAGACAGAUAUUAUAGAAAUAAAGCAAGUAGCUGCUACCGGACUAGAUAACAAGGGAGCCGAACUAACAAGCCCUGUUCCUACGCAUCAGAACGGUAACGCAGAGUACGGCACCUCAAUCUCCCCUGAACUUUCCCGUCCUAAUGAUGUUCCUCUCUCUCCAAACCUCUCCGUAGCUAGCACUGCAUCCCCUCUGCCUACUACUGAUGAUGGAAUUUCUGAAAUGCCAAAUCAUCAUGGUGAAAAUGGGGCCUGUAUAGAAGAAGUCGAAGUGAUGUUGGUGAAUGGAAAUAGUAACGAAUACGAAAAUAGGUCACUUGUAAAGAAGAAACAGGAACCUGCUUAUCAAUGCUGGCUCCGACUCGGCCCAAGAUUAGGUGACUGUUGGUCCAAUUUGGUGUUUGAUUACUGGUACAUCGUGCUGGUAGUAUGUUUCAUUCUGGCUGGUGUAUGCUGUGGGGGCUGGUACAACUUCAGGAUCACGACGGAUCCAGUGGAACUGUGGACUUCAAAAGACAGUAUCAGUAGGAUGCAGAAGAUUGACUUUGACAGUCAGUUUGGAACUACGUAUCGUACUUGUCAGAUGGUAAUCAAAGAGAGAUCACCCUCAACAUUCGGAGUUAACAAUAAAGUUGUUAACGGAAUCUUUAACCCCGAUAUAAUGAAACAAACUUACGACAUGAUGGUUGCUAUCGAGUCUCUAAAAGUGGGUGAAGUAUCAUACUCGGACUUGUGCUACAAGCCGCUCGGAGAAUUCAACAAGACCAACCCAAGAGAGGAUUGUGCUACUCUGUCUGUCUUCCAGUGGAUGGAUAACGAUAGAAACAUUCUGGAUAACCCUACCGAGUAUAUCAAGAGAAUGGAGUUAUGUGCAGAAGCUACAGCUUUACCGGAAUGUCUAGCCUCAUUCCGGGGACCCUCUGCUACUAACAUCGUACUGGGUGGUUACGACGCUAAGGAUCUCGACUACAUGGACUCAACCCUACUGGCGGUUACUUUCGCUCUAGACGGAUCAGACACGAAACUAGAUAAUAUCUUGAAGUGGGAGACAGCUAUGAAGGAGUACUUGUUAGAGGAGACGGGAAGAAGAACUGAUCUGAAGAUAACGUUUAGUACUGACAGGGCUUUAGAGGACGAGAUAAACAGGGCCUCUCACGCGGAUAUCUUUACUAUUGUGCUGAGUUACAUUCUAAUGUUCGUGUAUGUAGGAAUAACACUCGGGGACAUUGACUGUUCCUUUAAAGGUUGCCUACUCAACUCAAAGGCGUUGCUAGGGGUGGGAGGCGUCGUCAUAGUACUGGUAAGCGUGGUGAGUGCUCUGGGCGCGACGUCCUACGCUGGACUCCCUACUACACUGAUAGUUGUUGAAGUUAUACCCUUCUUGAUUUUAGCUGUCGGAGUGGACAAUGUUUACAUCAUGGUGCAGGGAAUACAGCGGAUAAUCAGCGAGAAGAUAGAGCGGGAUGAGACCCUCAACUCUACAGCUAUUAGAGGGAUCUUGAGCUCAAUGAUGAGGGAUGUGUUCCCUGCCAUGAUCCUCAGUUCACUCUGUCAGAUGGUAGCAUUCGCUCUUGGGUCUCUCUCCUUCAUGCCCUCUGUCCAGAACUUUGCCUACAACGCUACCAUUGCUCUGCUUAUGAACUUUAUCUUACAGAGCACUGUGUUCUUGAUUCUUAUACGUUUGGAUCUCAAGAGGCAGCUCAGCGGCAGGCUCGAUGUGCUAUGCUGCGUAAAAACUGAACUGAGCCAAGCCGACAGAGGUCCCACAAGAUGGUUUAUUGAAGAAUACUGGUCCAAAUAUCUGCUUUACAACAAAUGGAUCCCUGCGUUUAUCCUCAUCUUCUUCGGCUGUUUCACAAUUGCUAACGUCAUGUUGAUACCGGACCUCAAAUUAGGUCUAGAACCUACCAUGGCUCUACCCAGUGACUCGUAUCUUCUCGACUAUUACCACAUCGCCUACAAUGACUAUAGGAUAGGACCUGGAAUGUCUUUUGUUUUUAAAUCUAAAGACGGCUCACCUUUAGAUGUAUACGAAGAUAAAACAUACGGAGAGCUAAUCUCAAACACAGACUCGUUACUCAGAACUAUCAAUAAAUACGGAGAUUCAGUAGAUUUUCAGUAUAUCACCGGUAAGGGAAGCUCAUUCAUGCAAGUGUUCAGUGAAAACUGGCUGGAAUCAGAUCCAUGUUGCUGGAAUAAGGGGACCAGUUCUGUCCGUCGAUAGAGGAGAGAGAGGGUUGUGGGGAGUGUGAUAGAGAUAGUCUGACUGAUGAAACAAAGUAUAAGUACAUGCAGUGGUUCAUAUCUGAUGUUCCUAGAACAGAUGGGUCUGGGUGUUCUAAAGGUGGAGCAGUCUCCCACUCCAACAGCGUCAAGUUCUCCUCCUCAAACAGAUCCGUUAUCUCUGGUCGCUUCACUUCCUCCCACGGCAGACUCUCCACAUCUCACGACUUCAUCACCGCCCGACAACAAGCCCUGGUGAUUGCAGACGAGGUGAACGCUAACAAUGACAUCAUCCAAGUGUACGCUUACUCUUCUUUCUACCCGUACUACGAGCAGUACGAUACUAUCGUGCGUGAAUGCGCGGUUAAUCUGGUGGUCACUGUAAUAGCUACUUUCAUAGUCGCAUUAGUGCUGCUAGGGUUCCAGGUCCAUGCGGCACUGUGUGUGAUGCUGUCUGUAACAAUGUGCACAGUGGAUAUGAUCGGGAGCAUGGUGUACCUGGAUAUCCCUCUAAAUGCCUUAUCUCUGGUUAACCUUCUCAUGUCAGUUGGAAUUGCUGUGGAGUUUUCAGCUAAUAUUGUACAAGCGUAUACUAUGAGCAAAGAGGUGGGGAGGAUGAAGAAGGCUAGAAGUGCGGUGAGAAAGACUGGACCUGCUAUUGUAAGUGGGAUUGCCAUGACGAACUUUGUUGGGGUGAUAGUUCUUGCGGCCGCUAAAUCCCAGCUUUUUGUUAUCUUUUAUUUCAAAAUGUUCUUUACAAUUAAUGUUUUGUGUGUGGCACAUACCAUUAUAUUUUUACCCGCAUUUUUAGGAUUCCUUGGCGAUUAACUAGUACGUGGUAGAUUGACUUGUUAAUCGGGUAAUUAGCUAGUUUAUUAAGUGAUUAGGUUAACUAUUUGAUUGGGUAUAGGACAACAUAAUAAAGUUGUGUGGUUUUGGCAUGAACAAGUUGACCUGUAAACAAAGAAGGGUUGGUCAAUUUUGAAACCGGAUUUAGCUUAGGAAUUUCCGUUUCAUUAGUAUGUAAUAAUGUUUUUUUAUCUGUUAGGUCGCCCUUGUAGAGGUUAUCAUUUCAUGAUUUUUAUCUAGAUUAAACUGUAAAGAUAUUUUACAAUUAAGAAUCAAGGUAGCCAAUGUUAUUGUAUGUGAAGACUAUUACAUUAAGCUGUGGUUAAUGUGGAACGGUAUUAUUUGGUGCAGAUUUGAUAAGACAAAUAAAAUCUUGUUCAAAUCAUGCUGAUCAAAUGAAAUUAUUACGUUUUAUGUAUGUUUUAUUCUCAUUUAGAUUUCCAACAAGAUUUAGGCAAGGAUAUUAUUAUCAUUAUAACGGUUUUCUUGAGUUUGCUAAUUUUUACAGUUAUACAAACACGUAACCGAUUUGGUUGAAUUUAAAUUUUAGUUUAAAAUAUAAACCCAUUUUUUAAGAAGUAAUAAAAAAUUGCGAUAGGUUUUAAUUUUAUACAAGAU